GUGGUUUCGGGGUUUAGAGGUACAGGUGACACGGCUCCAACCGGCAGUGGUGUUGCGUCUGGACCGUCGAAAGCUGCAGUAGUGGCUGCAGCUCGCUCUGAUCUUUGCACAUAGAGGCCAGCACCUGAAACAGCACAAUGGCUUCAGAUGUGAAAAAUCCUCCUCCCUACACGAUUCCAGUUGAGCAGGUUGGAGGAGACAAGGUCAAAGUCUACCAUGUGCAUACUCCAUUCAACCCUGUCGCCACAGAGACUGUCUCACCUAACAUACCAGUGUACACGAGCGGAGGCGGAGGCUUAAGCUCGGGUUUUGAUGGCGAUGGCAAAAAGACCUUUAGGAGCUACGACACAUCACUGGGCUAUACUUCUGGCAUGUCAACAUGCCCGUCCUGCCAGCAGCAAGUCAUGACCAACGUCUCUUACAAACCAGGGACGUAUGCCUGGCUUAUGGCUCUACUAUUCUUGUGCCUUGGGUUGUGUGUGUGCUGCUUGUGCUUCCUUCCUCUGGUGUUAAAAAAAUUCAAGGAUGCACACCACACGUGCCCCCGUUGCAAUAGACUGCUGCAUGUGGAGAAGAGGAAAUGCUGUGACUGAGCCCCCGCACCACCAAUACACACAAGUACAAACACACACGGGUCAAAAUAAAACGACCCCACAGCGAAUUGACAACAACAAAGUCACUUUUUUCUAUGGGUGAGGCUGCUUGAGCUGGCAUGGCUUUCACGCUAAGCAAUAAAGCAAAGCUCAUUUCUCACUCAUCUCCUCCCAUGCACUUCUUCCUCCUGUUUACAGCCACAACAAAUAUCUUGACAAAGCUCUGACACCGCUGAUUCUUAUAUCGAGUUCAAAUGAAGGCCUGUACAUACAUUUAAACUUAUUGUUUCUAGGGAUCAAUCAUGUGAAACUGAAAAGUGGAAAUUUCACGUUUGUGUCACAAUGCAAUAGAGUAAGCUAUUCAAUGAGUGUAUGUCUCCGUUUAUGAAGGACUUAAAGCUGAUUAAGAUGUUAUGUACAGCAACCGAGUUUGAACCCACUAGCAACAUGUAAAAUAACUUUUAUUCCCUGAUGAAAACAGAAGCUUAUGGCAAAAAAAAACACCUGUUAUAACGUGAAUGUUUUCACAUCAAUCGUAUUGCAAAUAUGAAAAUUCGUUGCUAUUUUCUUGGAAACAAAAAAAAAUAUAUAUAAAACAGACUCUUUAAUAGGAAAUAAAUAAAUAAAUCUCUGCCAUUAACCCCA